GACUUCGGCGAGGGGAGGAGCGAUAGAAGCGGGCGGAGCCUAGACGUACUCAACUGGAGGAGGCGGGGUGGGUCCACCUAGGAGAGAUCAAGAUCUAGGCCCGUGAGCUUCGCCGACUGAUAUUUGAACAGCACUGUUCACAUCUGGUACACUGUGAACUCUUGAGAUACUAGCCAACAGGAGCUUUGUUUGUACAACCUUAUACCUAAAGAGGAAAGAAAAUGGCUCAUUCUGAGUUUUCUUUUCAUGUGCCAAGUCUAGAGGAACUUGCUGCAGUUUUGCAAAAGGGACUAAAAGAUAACUUUGCUGAUGUCCAAGUCUCUGUCGUUGAUUGCCCUGAUUUGACUAAGGAACCAUUUACCUUUCCUGUAAAAGGCAUCUGUGGGAAAACUAGGAUUGCAGAAGUAGGAGGUGUGCCUUACUUAAUUCCUCUUGUAAACAAAAAGAAAGUUUAUGAUCUGAAUACAAUUGCAAAAGAAAUCAAGCUGCCUGGAGCCUUUAUUCUUGGAGCGGGGGCAGGCCCAUUUCAGACUCUUGGGUUCAAUUCUGAGUUUAUGCCAGUUAUUCAAGCAGAAAGUGAACACAACCCUCCUGUGAAUGGAAGUUACUUUGCUCGUAUUAACCCUGCAGAUGGAGGGUGCCUACUAGAGAAAUACAGCCAGAAAUACCAUGAUUUUGGAUGUGCAUUACUGGCUAAUCUUUUUGCCAGUGAGGGCCAACCUGGCAAGGUCAUUGAGGUAAAAGCCAAAAGAAGAACUGGACACCUUAACUUUGUGACUUGUAUGAGAGAAACUCUGGAAAAACAAUAUGGAGACAAACCUGUAGGGAUGGGAGGGACUUUUAUAGUUCAGAAGGGAAAAGUAAAGUCUCACAUUAUGCCUGCAGAAUUUUCUUCCUGCCCAUUGAACUCUGAUGAAGAGGUGAAUAAAUGGUUGCAUUUUUAUGAGAUGAAUGCUCCUUUGGUUUGUCUACCAGUUUUUGUUUCCAGAGACCCAGGAUUUGAUUUGCGACUGGAACACACUCAUUUUUUUAGUCAUCAUGGAGAAGGUGGACACUAUCAUUAUGAUACAACUCCAGAUACAGUGGAAUAUCUUGGAUACUUCUUACCUGCAGAGUUUCUCUAUCGCAUUGAUCAACCAAAAGAGACCCAUUCAUUUGGACGAGAUUAAACCAUCUUAUGCUAAUUAAUAAAAAUAAAUAAUUAGCUAAGGUUAAUUAAUUAACUCAUCACUAAUAUAAAGUCCAAUAGAAAUUAUCUCACCACUUAAAAUCCCUUUUUUGGCUUUUGAAAUCAAAGUGUAUGUUGACGUUGUAUUCUAUAUUAUUUCACAGGUAUAUCUGAGAGAGAUUAUUGGGAAUAAGGAUACAUAAUGCAGAUGGUCUUUCUUUUUUUAUAUGCUCACAUAUGUUUUUUGAGCCAACCUCAUUUUUUAAAUUUCUAUAAUACCUGGCAAAGUCUAUCACAUGUUUAUACCUCAGGUAUAAACAUGAUCAGGAAUCAUGAUUAUUCCUUACUUAUAGCAUUAACUUACAUUUGUAUAAUGUUCAGUUUUUCAAAUUAGUCUUAAAACUGCUAAAUGGAUUAUUUCUGGGUAUUAGAAAA